GUCAAGGACCCACUUCCAGAUCGACUCUCCUUCCUCUCCAGUCCGCAUCUCUUUCAACUUGAUCAUUAUCUUGAAGACAAUUCCUUCGUGAAAAGAAUAUCAGUUCGGAAGUCGGCUUCAAAUUUUUUAUUUGUUUCAUCAAAGUCAACCUUAAUUUCAAAAUGUCAACGCCAAAACAAACAGUACUCUUGAUCGGCGGAACAGGGGCCCAAGGCGUCCCAAUCGUGAAAGCCCUCAUCCCCGGCGACAGCUACAACGAAACAUCUCUCCACUCCGCCUUCGAGGGCAUCGACAUCGCCUUCGUAAACCUGAACGGCUUCGCCAUCGGCGAGAAGGCCGAGAUCUACUGGGGGAUCCGGAUCUUCGAGCUGGCGCGCGAACACCGCGUGCAGCACUUCAUCUGGGGCUCGCUCGCCAGCUCGUACAAGGCCAGCGGGUACCAGGCGCGCUUCCGGACCGGGCACUUCGAUGGCAAGGCCAAGGUCGCGGAUUGGAUUUCGGCGCAGGAGAUAGGGGAGCGGGGAAUGAGGUGGAGUGUUCUGACGAGCUGCAUGUAUCUGGAGACCUUCGCGGAGAUGCUGGCUCCUGCGCAUGAGACGAUUGACGGGGGCGAGGUGGUGGUGUUCAAGGCGCCGGUUGGCGGGGGAACUCCGCCGUUCAUUUAUUUGGAGGAUUUGGGGAAGUAUGCGAGAUGGAUGAUUGAGAAUCCGCAGAGGAGCAGCGGUUUGAAUUUAAGGAUUGCGACGGCCAAUGUGGGGUGGGAGGAGGUCGCGAGGUCCUUUACGGAGGUCACGGGCAAGAAGGCGAUUUUCAGGGAUCUUUCUCUGGACGAGUAUUUCGCGUCUGGGAUCUUUGGACCUGCGGACAGGAAGGUGGGACAUUCGGUCGGGCAUGAUGAUGAUACCUUGCAGACGUACAGAGAGAACUUCUCCGGAUUUUGGAAUACAUGGAGGGAGGAUGUGCUGAAGAGGACCGAGAAGGACUUUGAGUUGAUGGAUGAGAUCUUACCAGAGAGAGUCAGCAGUGUCGGGGAGUGGAUGAGAUUGACGGGGUAUAAUGGGGAGAAGAGCAAUGUCUUGAAGGAUUACGCUGACGCGGGAGGAAAGAAACCGCAAUGA